CGCCAUGUUAUACAGUAUAGUAUUGAAUUGCUGAAUUAUAUGAAAUCCAACCAGCUGCGCACAAUUCAAAAUUUUUAGGGCUUAGAAAAAUAUCUUUAGUUAAAUCACAUUCAGACCCAUGAAUGAAGAGGCAUUUACACAACAGCUGGCUAAGAUGUAAACAAUGAGGAGCCGCUGAUGGCGUAGUGAGGAGGCUGCACGUGUAGGCCUGCGGAGUAUGAGGCAUUCCAGGCCGACGGGACUAAUAUUCACAGCAGAUGAGGAGCCUAAAACAUAAAAGCAGUAUGAGGAGAGGUUGAGAAGCCAUGAGUGCCGCUGCCACUCAAGUGUGACGCCCUCAGCGGCACCAUAACACCUACAUGCUAAGGACUUGUUAACUACAAUUCGAGAUGCAGAGAGUGAAGUUCAUCCUUCCACUUUUCUCCCCACGGAUGAAGAGUCAGAGCCACUUUAACUUUGAAGCUAUGUGCAAGAUGACAUAUUUUCCCAGGAUCCAUUAUCAACAGCAUCAUUGCAAUCACCAACACUAUUUUUCAUGUGUCAGAUCUGUCCAUUUCCUACCUGUUAAUCAUCAUGUAAAAUAUCCCAAGACAUGUCUCCUUUGUGGAUGGAGGAGAAUUGUAAUCCCUACCAAAAUUGAAGCUUCUGUUAGAUCAGUUAGUCAAACAAGUGAUGAUGUCUCUGAUGAUUCAGGUAUCAUUAGUGAUUCCGAAUUUGAUAAUGAUGGUUUUAUUGGACGUAGAUUAUUAAAGAAAGAUAAGUUUGACCUCUUACGGGUUAACUUGUACCAAAAUCUAAAUGAUCCAGUUGUGACUAAACUUAACCAAGCAAAUAGUGUUCAGGAAGUGUUUGAUACAGUGGAGCACUGUAGAGAACAUUUAACAGUAGAGCAGUCAAGUCAAGCUAUUGUUACACUGUGGGAUCUUCAGAAGAUGUACGAAAGAUAUGGUUUUGAUUCUCCAUUUGUGACAAAUUCUCAACGCAAUUUUUUAUUGGAGAAAAUUUUGACUCAUUCGGUAUUUAAAAAGCUAUUAGUACACUUAGAAAAUGUCUGUGAAAAUUUAAAUAAUACUGCACUUUCUUGUUUGCUUUUGUAUUUAAAUAAAUUAGGAUUGAGAAAUGAUUCAACUCUUAUGCAGAAACUAACAGUGUUGUGUAUGGAAAGAUUAGAUGACUUUAGCUUAAAUGCACUUUCAAGACUUACAGUAUAUCUUCGUGACCAAGGCAUUAAGGCUUAUUUUAUGCAGUCCAAGUUAUUACCUGCCGUGGCAGCAAAGCUUAAAACUUGCUCAACACCUGAUGAAUUAUACUUGAUAACUAUAUGUCUAAAUAGUACAAAGAAACUUGUUACGGAAUCUUUGUUAGAUGAUUACAGAAAGCUAAUUGAGAAAAACUUAGAUGAUGGUUGUUUUGAAGAAUGUGACUCCAAAGUAAUAUUGAAAAUUAUAAAAUUUGUAAGCUAUAUGGAAUGGCCAUCAAAGCACAGGCUGCUCUUUCGUCGCUUAAUGUUGUACUUAGUAGAUAGAGUUCACCUGCUUAGUGCCAUGCAAAUUAUGGAUUUAAGUAACUAUUUACAGAGCUGUUUAGAACCACUAGCAUUAUCUAGGAAAAUUCAUCAGCACUCGAUAUCUCUGUUUGAGAUUUCUAAAAGUUCUGGUGGAGGGUCUGAACUCAUAUUUUUAGCUCCUUAUUGUUCAUUAAAAGCCAAGAGAUACUUUGAAGAGUUAGUUGCUGAAUACCUUGAUAAUUCAGAUUUUCAUGAAUAUAUUGUUAUCCUUUUCAAAAUUUUAAGGGAUUUUAAGACAUCAAAUAUCCAGUUGUGCAAUGCUUUUUGGAUUAACUCUAUGAAAGCUGUUGAGAGAGAGAUUAAAAGAGCUCCUGUCACUUACUUAGGCUUUGAAGAUUCAAUUCGCAGAAAAGUGUACCAGAAAUACAUGUAUUUCAAUAACAAUUUAGGUGGAACAUACAGAAAUUUUAGCUUGGAAAAAGUUAUGUCAUCGCUGUUACUUGAGGAUAUUUACAGCCAGACUGGACUUAUACCAAGCAGGCUGGCAAGCAUGUCAUCAUUCCUGAUGGCCUAUAAUAACAAUAAAGGAAUACCUGAAGAAGUUGUGGACAAAAUUCUCAAGUGUGGUCCUCAGUUUUCUAUUCUCGAUGUUUUAAAUUUGUCUCGGGGUAUCCAAAUAGCUUUGGCUCUAAAUCUAAAGAAUAUUCAAAGGCGAUCGAUGGAGCAGAUUACAGCAGUUAGCCGUAUGCUUGAUGGAUGUGCAGAAGAACAUUUAAAGACUGCCGAGUCGUUGCUGGAUGUCACAAACAUUACUCGGGCUUAUUUGUGUCGACAUGGGUCUUCCAGAACAUUCCUGUUUGAUAAACUCAUUAGUGCACUCAUCCCUCGUCUUCAUGAAUUAAAUUCACGCCGUGUGAAGGAUAUAUGCUUCGCUAUUUACAAUACAAAGUAUAUGGCACCAGAGGUACUGGAUGCCCUAGCACAAUAUGUGGUUGAUAAUGAAGAGCAUAUUCUGGCAGAUACAAUGGACCAUGUACUCAACUGCUUAUAUAAUCUGGGUUAUUAUCCUGCUGCUGGAGAACACUUCUUCUCAACAUGCACCACCAUCAUUCUAAAUGAAGGCCGUCGUCUGAAAGGUUUGAAUAUUCUCAAUAUGUGUUUGGCGCUGAAUAUGUAUGGCCACUUGACUUCUAAGCUAAUUCACAAUAUAUUCAACGUCACUUUCCUGGAUCAGCUAGAUGAAGAAAUAUCGGAAUGCUAUUCAAAGGCAACAUACCCCUCACGUGUACGCUAUACACUUAUGGACUUAAAUCGUGCUGUUUGCAUUGACCACCCAGAGGAGAAAAUUCCUUGGUUUCAUGAAAAAUAUUGCGAAGAACUUCUUCAAACAGUUCCAGUUCCUAAUAGUGUUUUCAACAGUGAGGUGCACCAAGCGCUCUCUCAUUUGGUUGGGGGUCCCAAUGUGCUAAGGGCCAAUGUCAAAGCUCCAUAUUAUUAUCUUUUGGAUUUUGAAUUCCUUUUAGACAAAGGAAAUCGAGCAGUCCCGGUAAAUGAGUACAUUCCAUUAAAAGAGCAGACUAACACUCACCAAAAUAUAGGUAUUGAGACCACAACUGGAUAUAGAAGGGUGGCUGUUCUCCUCCGCAAAGAAAAUGCCUACUGUGUUAACAGUCGCCAGCUGUUGGGUCGCCAUAAAAUGGAACGUCGUCACUUAGAGAUACUUGGCUACACUGUGAAAGAAGUACCACAUUAUAUGUGGUACUCAAUGGCCCAUGCUACAUAUGAAGACAAAAUUCUGUAUCUCAAGGAUAUAAUUUAUUCCGAAAAUUCAUGAUAAAAGUAAAAGUAAAAAAUAGUCUUAGAUUUUAUUAGGAAGAUUUAAAAAUUUUAAUUUGAUGGCAACCUGACAUUGAUAGAUAAACUAGCUUUGUAUGCAACAUGAAUAAAAGUUAAUAAUAAUUACAGUUCUGAACCGUUGUUGCAAUAACCAUCACCAGGUAGGCAUUGAAAGUGUAAAAUCUUUUACUAAUUAUGUGCCUCUUUUUAUUUAUUGUAUGGUUUAAUUUUGAAUAGAUUAAUUAUCUGUUGUGUUCAUAAACAAAAUGUUUUUGAUUACAAGAUAAUGCUCCUCAAAAUCCUCUCAGAUGGGUAAACUUGUAUAUUUUGUCAAUAAAGAUGUUAAUAAUAAAUUGUAUGUACUGUACAUAGUAUCAUAGUGAAUUGUUUUUUAAUAAAAUGCAUUUUAUUA